AUGGGCACCGUGGUCAUCUCGUGUGAAGUGGGCAACCGUCACGGAAGGGUCCAGUGGACCAAGGACGGACUCACACUAGGCUAUGAUCGUAGUCUACCUGGGUUCCCUCGCUACACUGUUCUGGGACACGAUUCCAACGGGAAAUUCAAUCUUCAAAUCGUGAAUGCCACCGUCAACGAUGAUGCCAUUUAUGAAUGUCAAGUGGGCCCAGCUCCCAACAGCAAACCCAUCCGAGCCAGCUCCAAACUCGACGUUCUCCUCCCGCCAACUAGGAUCGAGAUCGACGGUGUUCUCUCGGGUUCCAACUUGAGGGUGAAGGAACACGAGGAGGUGGAAUUACGAUGCACCGUAUACGAUGCUAGGCCUAAGGCUAAAAUCAUUUGGUAUCGUCAAAACUCCGAGUUCUAUACAGCUAAUCGCCAGGACGAGGAUCGACCCAGUGCCCUUGGAGGAGACGAAGGGCGGAUCACGUCGAUCAGUAUCAUCCGAUUUAGUCCCACCAAUAUGGACAAUGGGAUCACGUGGGCCUGUGAGGCCCAACAUAGUGCCAUCACUUAUGCUCCUCUCCGAUCCUCGGUCGUUUUGUCGGUUUUACAUCCGCCAGGGCCGCCAGAAAUCACGGGCUACAUCGAAGGAGAGACCAAGCGCUUGGGCCAACCCGUUACCCUCAACUGUAUCUCAUCAGGCGGUAAUCCCUUGGCCAACAUCUCUUGGUACCGAAAUGGUAUCCUGGUGGACACCUCACACACUGCGUCCGGAAGUGAAUCGAGGAAUACAUAUCCGUUUUUGGCCUCCACCGAGGACAACAAUGCUCAUUUCCGUUGUGAGGCCCACAACGAGCUCAGCGCCAAGCCCAUGGCCACCGAAAUCGUCCUGUCUGUCCAAUUUGCUCCAAACAGUUUGGACUUGCGUGGUCCGACUGAGGCCAAGAUCGGAGAAAUUAUCACCUACACAUGCUCAACGGCCAAUUCCAAUCCACCCGCCACCAUUCAAUGGAUCGUGGGGAACAAGACCCGACAAGCCGAUCAUACUUAUAGCGUAACCUCGCCCUCGGGAGGGUGGAUUACCCAUUCGAAUAUUACUGUGUCCCUCGGACCCAGUGAUCGAAAUAAAAUGAUCAUCUGCAAUGGACUGAAUUCCGAACUGAAUGACAUCAAAUCCGAAUCGAGAAUGCUCUCUGUCAUCUACCCCCCCGGAACUCCUAAGAUUCAGGGACUCGGUGACGAAGACGUGUUGACCGCUGGCGUUUUGAAACGAGUCACGUGCACUUCCUUGGCUGGAAACCCAUUAGCCACACUCAAGUGGUUCCUGAACGACAGGCCUUUGGAAUCAUUCGAUUCCACCAAGGACAACUAUGCCUCUGCAGAGCUGGAAUUUGUGCCAAGAAAUGCCGAUAAUGGAGCCUCAUUACGCUGUGAGGCCAGCAAUGCGGCCCUCACGGACCCGCUGAGUGCCACCAAACAUGUCAAGGUGCAAUUCUCGCCCAAGUUCGUCAAAAUAGCCCUGGAUCCGGAACACCCGCAGUCUGGCAUGAAUGUCACGUUGAGUUGUGAGACCGAUAACAGCUAUCCUGCCUCGGAGUUGGCCUGGUGGCACAAUGGUGAGCGCCUUCAGAGUGCCACUGAUAUGGUUCUAGAUGGCGACUUUGGAGGCUACAUAACCACCAGUUAUCUUCAAUUGAGCCUGACCGCCCAACAUGAUGGAGCCGUUGUGACAUGCGAAGCCUCCAACCCCGCCGUUCAAAACCGCGUCCAUGAUGCAAUUACCCUCUCUGUUGCCCAUAAACCCGUGUUUAUCCGAGAGUCGAACGAGCCUUUCCGAGUCAUCGAAGGUCAAUCUGCCACCAUCAACAUGACAGCCAUAGCCAACCCUUCGGCCUUGACCUACGAAUGGACCCGGGUGGACAAUGAGGUGGAGAAUACCGAGAUCUUGAGCGCCAGAGUUGCAUUGCAGAAAGAUGGGGUUUUCAAGAUAGCCCGUGUCGAAAGAAAUGACGGCGGCUAUUACACUGUCACCGCGAAAAACCAGGAAGGGACCACUCAAGCCAAAAUCGAAAUCGAGGUGCUCUAUCCACCCAGCAUUGUGAACAUCACUCAUCGUGUCCUUGUGGGACCGGGUGAACCGGCUCAUCUGGAGUGUGCCGUUGAUGCCAUGCCUCUGGGUUCGAAAACGAUUCGUUGGGAGCGCGACAAUUACGAUCUAGCCUCAAGAACGAAAACCACAAUGGGAUCGCCAGCAACGACUUUGGAUGGCAAUGCCAACUCGAAUAUCGGCGUAGUUCUACUGACUGUAUUGAAUGCCACGGCUGAAGACUCCGGGAUGUUUUGGUGCGUGGCCGACAAUGGGAUUGACAAUGACGAAGGGACUCCUCGAGUGCGAAAUGGAAGCCUUCUCAUGGUCAGACACAAGCCCAUCAUGAUCGAGAAUCCUGUGAUCUCCAAAGCCGCUGCAGAUAUCAAAGACACUGGUCAUUUGAUCUGUGAAGCCCGUGGAGUACCCAACGUCACAUUUUCAUGGAUGAGAGUGGGCGGGGCUUACAUCGUUCCCAGCAACCCUCGGGCACCCGAAAAGAAAUUCUCGAUGACAGAGUCCAUGAUCGACCCCUUGACCUGGCGAUCCGAGCUCUUCAUAUUUAACGUGUCCAACAAUGAUUAUGGCGCCUACGAGUGUGUUGCUCGAAACACAGAGGGAGUGUCCCGUCAUCGCGUUCCCCUGGAUGUCAAGAGUCGUCCAGAUCCUCCUUCAUCCCUACAGAUUGUAAAUGUGACGCACGAAUCUGUUUCUUUGGUGUGGACACCCGGUUUCCACGGGGGCAUGGAGCAAUAUUUCAGGAUCAAAUACCAUGAGCCAGACUAUUCCAAUAAUCCCAGAUUUCACGAUGUCUACCCGGCCAAUACGCACCAAGUGAAAUUGGUUGGACUCAGACCGGGAAAGCAAUACUCAAUGGCCGUCAUGGCCUUCAACAACUUGGGCGAAUCAAACUACAGCAUGAACCCAAUCCUGGUUCGAACGACCACCUUACCGGAAAGACUAAAUCAUAACGAAUCGGCCAUGGCCAUACAACCACAUCAGACUAAUGAUCCUGAAGCAGCCUCCAAUCACGAAAUAGGUGACUCUUCAGGGGGAUACGCCUCCAAUGUCGAGUCAUCUUUCUCCAUUACGGCUGCAUUGCUUGGGCUCAUAAUCGCGGUUAUUAGUACCGUGAUACUUGUCAUAGCCAUUGCCCCAUUGUGUCGUUAUAAAGCACGGGAUUGGGCUGUGGCCGCCACUGGAAUAGGCAGUGUGCCCAAUUCUGCCACAACCCAAAGAUUAGUCGGGAGUACUUCCACGGGUAGUACAAAGUCGGCCCAAAUGGAGCUCUACACAACGAGUAGCGUUUACAACGAGACCAUGUCAGGAGGAGAAACCCUCAGCUCGAUAUCCGAGAAAAGUUGCAUAUCAGGACCCAAUAAUCAACACGGAAUCAUGACCAAGGCCACUUUAGGCAACAAUAUCAAUGACUGUCAACAGCAGACCGCCUUCAUGGAUGAUUGUAUGGGCACUCACAACUUCAAUGGCUACCUCAUGGACCACCCAAUGCAAAGGUCCAUGACAUCGGAUCAAAUUCAUACCAUCUACGGCAAUCUACCUUCGGUAACGAUGACCAACCCUUUGGUCAACAAUCCCUAUGUGCACCGAGGUCUGCCUUCAUCCGCGACCGUGGACGGUGGAAUGUCCCAAUUAGGGAGCCAUGGCCACAACUCCAAUGACGACACCAUGAUGGCCGAAGAAGACGAUGUCAUGGCCUUGUACAGUGUGGUAAACAAGCAACCCAUGCGACACCAUCCUAUGGACACUUUGGGAUUCCAUCGUCCACUGGUUCAAGCCUCGCCACAAACGAUGCCCAGGUUGUUGGCCCCGCAUCAGGUGUCGGGCAAUCCCAAUUACGAGGACACAGAGUCCGAGUACGCUGUGGAAUUGAGGCGACAAGCUUACCUUCAAUCUCUUGCAGGUGAUCAGGGUGGCUACGGAAGUCAGAUGAGCGGUGCUUCGUCUUCGGGAAACUCGUCUCUUCCUCCCCCGCCUCAGCUGAUGCAGCCCGGAAUCCCUCCCAAUAACUUUUAUCCUGUCCCGACCACGGGCCCGUAUGCCCCAUCCCCCAACCCUCAUAUGACUCCACCCACGUCCGUGGUGGAGGGGCCCCUUUGUGCCAGUUCUCCUAAGCGAACUGUGUCGGCCUUUACGACAUUUGGUCAGCAUCAAAAUGGUAUUAGCAAUGUGCCUCGAUUCAGUUCCACUGGAAGCAGUACGAGCAGUGGAUCUCCCGCUCCGCAGCAUCCUAAUCCCACACCCAUCCCUGCCAGUGGGCAUUUGGUGUAACACAAAAAGAAAUGUCCGCCUCAGUGCUAAAACAACCGCCAAAGUCAAUAAGUCCCUCUAAUCUAGUCCCCAACCCCUUGAUGACAGGAAACGCGCCAGCCGCAGAGAAAGUGAGAGUGAACCCGUCAUCGCUGGAAUAGGCCUAGCUGCUUUGUAUCUGCCAGUGCAUUUGGGAAGGUGACAACAAUAUCAUCAUUUUUAAUCAACUACAUUUGCCAGUACAUCUCGCCCACAACUGUGAUACUCGGAUUUCCCAAACCGAUUUGUGUUGUUCAUUUUUGCGUUUCUCGGAUUGCACGAAGCCUUCCUGCGCAGUGGGGCUGCCUUCCGCAGUUUCUUCAGUCUCGUAUGAUGAGGAAAUUUUGGUUCGGUUUCUAUGAUUUCAAUCCAACCUAAACGAGUUUAUGCCUUUUAUACUCAACCACGAUGGAAAACUCAAGAUCCAUUUCGACAAUAAAUGCCUAUUUCACUUGA